AUGACUGAUUAAUCUUCAUAUUAUGAUAGUAUUGAUGAAGGCUAGUAUGAGGCUAAAAUAGGAGAGAAAUUGAAAAACAAUUAAUAUUAAAUUAUUAAAUGGUUAGGAGAUGGAACAUUCUCUAAAGUUUGGUUAGUAAAAGACUUAAUAAAUUAAAAUCAUUAUGCUCUCAAAAUUUAAAGUUCAGAAUAUUCUGAUGCAGCCAUAGAAGAAAUAGAUAUUUUAAAGUAUUAUUGUAUUUUAAUAAAGAAUUUUGAAUUAAAAUGAAAAUUCACCUAAAUGGCUUAACAUUUAAUAAAACAUAAUUGGGAUUUAAUAAUAAACACAUUGUGUAAAAAUGAUUGAUUCUUUUGUUCAUAUAGUUGAUGAAUCAUUACAUCAUUGUGUUGUAAUGGAAAUUUUGGGACCUACUCUAUUAGAUUUAAUUAGAUUUUAUGAAAAGAAAGUAUUAAAUUAAACUAUGAUUAGAAUUCUAGUAUUAGUAUUUAAUUAGGGAAAGAGAUAACAAAAUAGAUAUUAAUUGGAUUGAUAUAUGCUCAUGAUGUUUGUUAAAUUAUACAUACUGACAUAAAACCAGAAAAUAUUAUGAUCGAAUUGAAUGAACAGUAAUUAAAGUAGUUAAUUAAUGAAGAUGAAACAGAUGAAAAGAAAAAAAAGUAAUAAGAGAAAAUAUUUAGAGGGUUAAAUGUAAUAGCAUAAAUAUUGGGGAUACUUUUGUCUGGAAAGAAAAUGUAAUAAUUAAUGUAAACACUGACCUUAAAUUUAAAUUAGUCGAUUUUGGAAAUGCUUGUUAAACUAAUUAAUAAUUUGAAGAAAUUUAAACUAAAGAAUAUAAAUCUCCUGAAUCUAUUAUUUAAGCAACUUAUUAAACAAAUACAGAUAUUUGGUCAUUGGCAUGUGUUGUUUUUGAAAUCUUGACUAAUAAUUACUUAUUUAAACCUGAAGGAGAUACUGAAGAAGAUGAAAUGGAUGAUUUAUUAGCUAUGAUGAUAGAAUUGAUUGGAUCACCAAAAUAAAGCUUUUUAAGUAAAGGUAAAAGAAGUUCUUUGUAUUUCGAAUAUAAUGGAGANCUUAAACAUAAUAAUUAUUAUUAUUCAUAAUUAGAUUUACAUGACUGAUUAAUCUUCAUAUUAUGAUAGUAUUGAUGAAGGCUAGUAUGAGGCUAAAAUAGGAGAGAAAUUGAAAAACAAUUAAUAUUAAAUUAUUAAAUGGUUAGGAGAUGGAACAUUCUCUAAAGUUUGGUUAGUAAAAGACUUAAUAAAUUAAAAUCAUUAUGCUCUCAAAAUUUAAAGUUCAGAAUAUUCUGAUGCAGCCAUAGAAGAAAUAGAUAUUUUAAAGUAUUAUUGUAUUUUAAUAAAGAAUUUUGAAUUAAAAUGAAAAUUCACCUAAAUGGCUUAACAUUUAAUAAAACAUAAUUGGGAUUUAAUAAUAAACACAUUGUGUAAAAAUGAUUGAUUCUUUUGUUCAUAUAGUUGAUGAAUCAUUACAUCAUUGUGUUGUAAUGGAAAUUUUGGGACCUACUCUAUUAGAUUUAAUUAGAUUUUAUGAAAAGAAAGUAUUAAAUUAAACUAUGAUUAGAAUUCUAGUAUUAGUAUUUAAUUAGGGAAAGAGAUAACAAAAUAGAUAUUAAUUGGAUUGAUAUAUGCUCAUGAUGUUUGUUAAAUUAUACAUACUGACAUAAAACCAGAAAAUAUUAUGAUCGAAUUGAAUGAACAGUAAUUAAAGUAGUUAAUUAAUGAAGAUGAAACAGAUGAAAAGAAAAAAAAGUAAUAAGAGAAAAUAUUUAGAGGGUUAAAUGUAAUAGCAUAAAUAUUGGGGAUACUUUUGUCUGGAAAGAAAAUGUAAUAAUUAAUGUAAACACUGACCUUAAAUUUAAAUUAGUCGAUUUUGGAAAUGCUUGUUAAACUAAUUAAUAAUUUGAAGAAAUUUAAACUAAAGAAUAUAAAUCUCCUGAAUCUAUUAUUUAAGCAACUUAUUAAACAAAUACAGAUAUUUGGUCAUUGGCAUGUGUUGUUUUUGAAAUCUUGACUAAUAAUUACUUAUUUAAACCUGAAGGAGAUACUGAAGAAGAUGAAAUGGAUGAUUUAUUAGCUAUGAUGAUAGAAUUGAUUGGAUCACCAAAAUAAAGCUUUUUAAGUAAAGGUAAAAGAAGUUCUUUGUAUUUCGAAUAUAAUGGAGAAUUAAAAAGAAUUAAAGUAUAUCUUUUAUUUUAUUAAGGAUUUACAAACAGUUCACUUAAGUUCUACUUUAAUUGAAGAUUAUAAUUUUCAAGAGAAUGAAGCAAAAAAGUUAGAAGAAUUUAUUCUCUUCGCAUUAAAAUGGGAUCCUCUUGAAAGACCUUCUUCUUAAAUCAUUUUCUUGCAUCCUUGGCUUCGAUAAUGA